AUAGCCAGCCAAUCAGGAAGCCUCCCCAGGCCUUUAAAGGGAUGGUGGGCAGUCUCUCGGGCUUUAUGAGCGACUUAUUUUACAACCUCCACACAUUCUCAAGUCUAGACCUCCCACAGACACUCAAACCAAGCAGAGCAUUUGGAUGACUAACUGCCCGGUUCGCAUGAGUGAACAUGGAUCUGGCCUGAGAGGCGUAUUUCUUCUCUUUCCUCCUUAUGAGUUGCUGCUAGGAGGCUCCUCGCCCUCCCCCCGCCGCACUUGUUGCGCAGAGACUGCAUGCACCGCUGAGUCCUUGGAGAGGAGAGGCAGGGACGAACUGCAACAGGUGCACAUUGAGCAUCUCCUUCAAAAAAAGCUGCACAGUAGCCCUCAUCGUGCUCGCCAAACCAGGAUGCCGGUUCUGACAAGCCCUGACAUCGCAAACAAGUUUAAGGAGAAAUGGCUGGCGGUUCACCCGGAGGAUCAGGUCCCCGCGUCCGACUCUCUCCCCCUUGACGACAGUCUCACCAGCCUCCAUUGGCUCCAGAAUUUCUCCAUCCUUAGUGCGGACCCGGAACGACCCAACGGCGCUGGACCGGGCUGCCCUACUUCUCAGCAGCACCUCCUUCUCAAGCGGCUCGGAUUCCCCAGGGGAGGUACAGACUCUCCGUCCAGCCCACCGGCCGGGGAUACCGCCGCCACCGGCAUGCCUCUGUACCUCGGGAGCCCAGUUACCUCCGGCAGUGACACCACCAUGGCACCGCGGUUCGCCAGUUGUGCAAAUCCCACAUCCGGCUACCCACAGAUCCCAAUUCAGGCCAGUCCGCCGGUGGAGGUCGACUAUAAAACCAACCCUAAAGUAAAGCCGCCCUACUCCUACGCUUCUCUCAUCUGCAUGGCCAUGCAGGCCAGCAAGCAGCCCAAAGUGACUCUGUCCACCAUCUAUAACUGGAUAACAGAGAAUUUCUGCUACUACAGACACGCGGAGCCCAGCUGGCAGAACUCUAUUCGUCACAACCUGUCCCUCAACAAGUGUUUCAAGAAGGUCCCCAGACAGAAAGAUGAGCCAGGGAAGGGAGGCUUCUGGCAGAUUGAUCCUCAGUAUGCUGACAUGUUUGUUAAUGGCAUCUUCAAGCGCAGGAGGAUGUCUGCCAACCACUACAACAGCAGCAGCAGCAGCAGCAGCGGUGGCACUCACAGACAGAACAAACUACUUCAGGGUUACCAUAGCGCUCAAAAUGGCUGCCCUUACCAAGGGGUGGGUAGCAAACGGAAGCACCUGCCUUCUAAAAACAACAAUAAGGUGAUGAGGGGGGCUGAGUCCCCUCUUUUAGCAACAGAAGCCCACAAAGCAGACAUCCUAAAGGGGGACUUUGACCUGGCCUCUGUGUUCGAUGAUGUUCUCAGUGGGAACUGUAGCACCUUUGAGGAUUUGGACAUCAACACAGCGCUGAGCUCCCUUGGCUGUGAGAUGGACGUUUCCAUGCAGGGGAGGCAGCACUCGGCAGGGCUGGGGAGGUGGUGCGGAGGAGUGGACCUCAUGGGUCAGAGCCAACACCUGAACCACCACCAGUCCUUUGGUUUCAUGGAUUUGAGCACUGCUUCAGUGGAGUGCACGGUCAAUAUGGGAGAGCUCCAUGUGCUGCAGCAGCAGCAGCUGGACCAGGAUCAGCUGCUCCAGAGCCACCACCACCUGCAGCAGUUUGAUGAGCCCUCCACACUGUUCACUGAGCGUUCAGAGGAGGUGGUGCUGCAGCCCUGGGAGGAGAUCAAAGAAGAGGCGCAGGCGAUUCCUCUGACUCUAGAUCAGGGCUUCGGCUUGUGCGAGGGCUUU